AUUGGAUUAUUUUGGUAACAGUUUUGGAAAUAAACCCAUACAAAACAAGCAAAAUGACUUGAAAUAUCAAAACUUUGAGAAUGAUAAUAUCGACAGGAACUAGACUUUUGUCUUGACAACAAAUCUUCACGUAAAGGAGUUGAUUUGGGAGAAUCAAGAUGUCACUUAGCAGAGAAAGAACAAGGCUUACAGACUCUGCAAGCCGUCUUCCAAGGCUCCCCCCUAUUGGUGCACCAUCAUCACCCAAUGGUUCUAGUUUCGAUAACAGUCAACUAAGAACAUAUAGAAGAAGUGACCAAAUGCAGGGACUCCUGGCUGAYAUUUUGUACAAAAAAGCAGAAACRGCAAAUGAAGACACAAAGGAAAGCCUUCAACGAAAGCCAGUACCACCUGGAGAACCUGAGCUGCCAUCUCAAAUGAUGAGUACAGAAAGGAGAAUCAGGUUAAACUAUCAGUAUUUAAAAAAGUGUGUCCAGGAAGGGCCAGCWACUCCAAUGGCKCAGGAAUGGUGGGACGCCAUUCUGACUAUGAUCCCAUCRAGGCUAGUGCAGUCACCAUGGYUACAAUCACACAUCAAUGAGCUCCAUGAUGAAGUUAAGAAAGAGUAUGAAGCAAGUAUUAAGAAAUCCAUGGUGCAACACAUUCUUGUAAARCCAAAAGUUAAAGGAGUUGAAGGAGAUGAAGAUUUACCAGAUGAAGUAGUUGGCUUGGACUUUUCAAGUCCAUGGAGAGAUAGCUUCAAUGCUGCAAGAGAUGCCAUCAAAUUAAAUCUGCAUAUCUUGCAUCCCUCAAUGCAGACAAUUCUGGGUAUUUGUCAAAGUAAAAACUAUGCAUCCAUGCUGAUCACAGACCAAUCAGGGCUAAGAAAUCAAGGUCCUGUUGAAUGUGAACACUUGAAGAAUAAUGUCACAUUAGAUUGUGAGAAAACCGAAGAAAAGUUAAUGCACAGUUGGUUUCCAGAGGUAGUCAAUGUGUUUGUGGACAAGAACAUGCUGAAGCACUUUAGUCCUAGCCAAGUUGAUGCAUUUUACAGCAGUGUGUCUGUCCUUAUAUCAAACCAGUUGAAUGACUUGAUAACAAGGACAAUUGUUGCCUGGAAGUGUCUUUUUGCUGAAGAAAAUAAGAAUGUUUUACCAGUAUUUAAGAUGGAAUUAAUACUUGAUGAUGAUGACAACAUGCAGUUCUAUCCUGCCUUGGGUGAUGUUGAAGGUGCUGUUCUACAUGUUGUUGACACUGUAGCAAACACCAUGCAAAAUGUGCCAACUGUUCAAUCCUGGUUGGCUGGAGGUAAUACUGUGACUCAUGUUGAUGCCAAAGUCGAUGAAGCAGUUCUCCAGAAAUGCAAAGUAUUCUUGAAAGAAGCUGUCAAUAGUAACCUUGAACAACCGCUGGAAUACCUUCAUUCCUUUGACAAAUAUAGUGAUCUGGUGUCUGGUGAGGCAAGGGAAAAAAUUAACAACUUUAAAGAAAAAGAACACUCUUUUGAAGAAUGCAUUCAGGAAAUUGACCGUUAUCGAUCACUUGCCCGUGAAAUCAGCAGCUUACCAACAAUAGCUUACUUCGAUAUGAUUCAACUUGACUGUGAUGACCUGAAAAGAGGCCUUGCCAGCAAAGCAAACAAAUUUGCAGAUGAACUUUUGAAUAAAUUAGCCGAAGAACAUCGAUCUGAGAACCAACGUAUCAUUGCUGAAUAUGAGUCAAUCAAAGAAAAGGCAUUGCGAAGACCAGAAGACACCAAAGAGAUGAUUCAACUGCAAAAGUUUAUUGAGGAGGCAAAAUCUAAAGGAUUGGUCAAACUUGGCAAUGAUAUUAAGGAAUCAUUUAAUAGACUAUCAUAUCUUCUUGAUGUAUUUACAUUCACUGGAGAGGAUAUGGAGCUAAAUUCUGUUGUGCUAAACUGGCCCAAAGCCAUUGAUCCUAUCUUUGACCAGAAUGAUGAGAUUGUUGCUGCAGCACAGAAGACUAAUGAGAGUGCAUUGCUAGAAAAGAGAGAAAAAGUUAUGUUGGAGCUGUCAAAAUUAAGCAGGCGCGUAGAAGAGUUCAAAGAAUGUGGAGAUUUGGACAUGAUGUCUCAAUACAUGAAAGAUGUGCAGUCGUUACAAAAGAAACUCAGUGAAUUGAUUGAUACUAUUGGCUUUAUUAAUGAGGAGGAAGAUUUAUUCAAGUGGGAGCGUACAGAUUAUCCUGAAGUAGAAGCAAUCUCCAAGGCAAUAGAGCCAUACCAGAAGCUCUUCUCAGUGGUUGUCAAGUGGCAAAGAGCCGAAAAGAAGUGGAUGGAUGGUGCAUUUUUAGAACUAAAUGCAGAAUCUACUGAAGCAGAGGUGGAAGAAUUUGGUCGAGAGAUGUACAAGAAUGUCAAGAUCUUCCAGGUGAUGAAAAAAGAAGCUGAGAAAGAAAGAAAAGCAGCAAAAGGUCGUAUUAAAGAUUCCAAGGACAAAGAAGAAGACGAAGUCGAACUAGYGGCCAUUAAGGUUGCUCAGACAGUGCAGCAGCAAAUAAGAGAUUUUAAGGACCACAUCCCUGUGAUUGCAAUAAUGUGCAACCCAGGUAUUCGACUUCGUCACUGGAAGGCAAUGUCUGAAAUUGUCGGGUUUGACAUCACUCCUGACUCAGGCUCAACUCUUCGAAAAGUACUUAAGUUUAAUCUUGGACCAUUUUUGAAUGAGCUAGAAGGAAUAAGUGGUGGGGCGAGCAAGGAAUUCUCACUAGAGAGAGCUAUGCAGCGUAUGGAAGAGGACUGGGACGCAAUUAUUUUUAAUACUACGUUGUACCGUGAUACUGGAGUCUCUAUACUUGCUGCUGUAGAUGAGAUCCAGACAACCUUAGAUGAUCAGAUCGUCAAGACGCAGACUAUGAGAGGAUCACCUUUUAUCAAACCAUUUGAAAAUGAAAUCAAAGCUUGGGAGGAGAGAUUGCUCAAGAUGCAGGAGAUCAUUGAUGAGUGGCUUAAGGUCCAGGCCCAGUGGCUCUACUUAGAGCCAAUUUUCAGCUCUGAAGAUAUCAUGCAGCAGAUGCCUGAAGAAGGAAGAAAGUUUAAAACUGUUGAUAGAAACUGGAGAGAUAUUAUGAACUUUGUGGCCAAAGACCCAAAGGUUUUGCAUGCUACUUCCAUGCCAGGAAUGUAUGAACGGUUAAAAGACAGUAACAGCUUACUGGAUGAAAUCAACAAGGGACUUAAUGCUUACUUGGAAAAGAAGAGACUGUUUUUCUCCAGGUUCUUUUUCCUGUCCAACGAUGAGAUGUUGGAAAUAUUGUCCGAGACCAAGGAUCCUUACCGUGUCCAACCGCAUUUGAAGAAGUGUUUUGAGGGAAUUGCUAAACUUGAAUUCACAUCAUCUCUUGAUAUUCUCAGUAUGUUUAGCAGUGAGGGCGAAAAGGUACCUCUCAGUGACACCAUAUCAACAUCAGAAGCUCGUGGUGCUGUUGAGAAAUGGCUGCUACAAGUACAGGAUGUUAUGCUGCUUAGUAUUAGAGAUAUCAUUGAGCGAUCUGUACAGGCUUACGCAACAACUGAAAGAAAAGACUGGGUUCUAAACUGGCCAGGACAGAUUGUGAUCUGUGUAAGUCAGAUCUACUGGACACAGGAAGUCCAUGAAGCGAUUCGCUCUGGUCCUAAUGGUCUGAAAGAAUACCACCAGACAUURACGUCACAGCUCGAAGAUAUUGUGGUUCUCGUACGAGGAAAACUCUCCAAACAGAAUCGUGUUACGCUUGGGGCACUGGUGACUAUUGAUGUCCAUGCUAGAGAUGUAGUGCAUGAUAUAGCCAGUAAAGGUGUUGCUCAGGAGAAUGACUUCCAGUGGUUGUGUCAACUGCGUUACUAUUGGGAGCAGGAUCAAUGUAUGGUGCGAAUCAUAAAUGCCUCUGUUAAGUAUGGCUGUGAGUACCUAGGGAACUCGGGAAGACUCGUCAUCACCCCCCUGACAGAUCGCUGUUAUCGUACUUUAAUGAGUGCAUUUCACUUAAAUCUGGGUGGUGCACCUGAGGGUCCUGCAGGCACAGGAAAAACAGAGACUACGAAGGAUUUAGCCAAAGCUCUUGCAAUACAGUGUGUGGUAUUUAAUUGUUCAGAUGGCCUUGAUUACUUACAGAUGGGCAAAUUUUUUAAGGGUUUAGCAUCGUGUGGUGCUUGGGCAUGCUUUGAUGAGUUCAACCGCAUUGAGUUGGAGGUGUUAUCUGUUGUAGCGCAACAGAUUCUGUGCAUUCAGCGAGCGAUUGCGGCGCAUCAAAGCAGGUUCAUUUUUGAGGGAACAGAGCUUAAUCUUAAUUCCAACUGUUACGUGGCUAUUACCAUGAACCCGGGAUAUGCCGGUCGCUCGGAGCUGCCUGAUAAUUUAAAGGUACUGUUUCGUACUGUUGCUAUGAUGGUUCCUGAUUACGCACUGAUUGGCGAAAUCAUGCUGUACUCAUAUGGAUUCCGAGAUGCACGAAACCUGUCAGUCAAGAUUGUCACGACAUACACAUUGUGCUCAGAACAGCUUUCAUCCCAGUUCCACUACGAUUAUGGUAUGCGAGCCGUCAAGGCUGUCUUGGCCGCAGCUGGAAAUCUCAAACUUAAAUACCCUAAUGAUGAUGAGAAUGUUUUACUUCUACGCUCCAUCAUGGAUGUCAACUUACCUAAAUUUCUGUCUCAUGAUAUCCCUCUUUUUGAGGGAAUUAUCUCUGAUUUGUUUCCUGGAAUUACUCUUCCAAAAGCCGACUAUGGAGUGUUUCUUGAAACUGUACAAGAGGUAUGCAGUAAAAAGAACUUGCAGUUUGUCGACUUCUUUCGAGAGAAGAUCAUCCAGACGUAUGAGAUGAUGGUUGUUCGUCACGGCUUCAUGAUGGUCGGUGAUCCCUUUUCUGGUAAGACCAGUGUACUACAAGUACUUGCCGAAGCCAUGUCAACUUUACAUGAACGUGGAUAUGAUGAUGAAAAUAUUAAUAAGGUGUGGUUUCGCAUUAUCAAUCCUAAAGCCAUUACAAUGGGUCAGCUCUUUGGACAAUUCGAUCCAGUCUCUCACGAGUGGACUGAUGGUAUCGUGGCAAAUACCUUCCGUGAAUAUGCUACGGACCAGACAGAAAUUCGUAAAUGGGUGAUAUUUGAUGGGCCGAUUGAUACACUAUGGAUUGAGAGUAUGAAUACUGUACUGGACGAUAAUAAAAAGCUUUGUUUGAUGAGUGGUGAAAUCAUUCAGCUUUCCAAUGUCAUGAGUCUGAUCUUUGAAUGCAGAGAUUUAUCUCAAGCUUCGCCUGCCACUGUUAGCCGGUGUGGUAUGAUCUACUUGGAGCCAGCAUCGUUAGGUUGGGAUCCUGUUUUACAGUCAUGGCUCACCUCUUUACCUGAACUACUAAAGGGAGAGCACACUAAACUAAUCAAUGCUUUAUUCCACUGGGCUUUGCCGGCUUGCCUGGGCUUUGUCAGGAAAAACUGCAAGGAAAUUGUUUCCUGUUCAGAUAGCAACUUAGCUCGAUCACUGAUGAACUUAGUGGAGAUAAUGUUGAAUAGUGCCACACAAGAUGAUAUCAAACAUCUUAAAAUAUGGAUCGUGUCUUCAUUCCUGUUUUCGAUUGUGUGGUCAGUUGGCGCAUGCGUAGAUACAGACAGUCGACCAAAAUUUGAUGGAUUUCUAAAAGACUUAAUGUCUGGCAAAAUAGAUGAUCAUCCURUUCCUACRAUUGUUGGCAAAAUAGACUCACCCAUUCCAUCAGAGGGACUAGUCUAUGAUUUUUUGUUUGAGCGCAAAAAUCGUGGUACAUGGAUGCAGUGGACCAAACUAAUCAAAAGCACAUCCCUUGGAGGGAAGAACACUCGUAUUAGUGACAUUAUAGUCCCUACAAUGGACACAGCCCGGUAUUCAUACCUAAUGGACCUUAUGAUUCACAACAACAAACCUGUCAUGUUUGUAGGCCCUACGGGUACUGGAAAAUCGGUGUAUGUCAAGGAUAAACUAAUGAAUGGUCUAUCUAAGGAACAGUUUAUACCRGCCUUUGUUAACUUCUCUGCUCAAACAAGUGCCAAUCAGACCCAAGAUAUCAUUAUGUCCAAGUUAGAUAAGCGGCGUAAGGGCGUGUUUGGACCACCUGUGGGAAAGAAGUUUAUUAUAUUUGUGGACGAUGUCAACAUGCCUGCCCUCGAGAAAUACGGUGCCCAGCCUCCCAUUGAGCUGUUACGGCARUAUUUGGACCACAGAAACUGGUACGACCGGAAGGACACGUCCAAGAUCUCUCUGAUCGAUCUUCAAUUCAUAUGCGCCAUGGGUCCACCUGGAGGGGGACGAAAUCCAGUUUCAAACCGGUUUUUACGUCAUUUUAAUGUUGUUUCCGUGGCAACCUUCAAUGACGAGACCAUGCAGAGGAUAUUUUCUAGUAUUGUCACAUUCUACUUCCGGAAUCAUGAAUUCCCAACAGAUGCUUUCACGGCUGGAAAUAAUGUAGUUUCUGCAACUAUGGAGAUUUACAAAGAGGCCAUGAUCAACCUCCUACCAACACCAGCCAAGUCACACUAUACUUUCAACCUACGAGACUUUUCACGUGUUGUUAGAGGUGUGUUAUUGAUCAAGAAAGAUGCUCUGGCAGACAAGAAAACCAUCAGCAGGCUGUGGGUCCAUGAGGUCUACCGUGUGUUUUAUGACCGUUUGGUUGAUGAUAAUGAUAGAGCUUGGCUACACACCUUAUURAAGAAAGUUACCAAAGAACAUUUCAAAGAGGAUUUUGACUCAUUAUUCAAGCACUUAUCAUCCAAUAGUAAAACGGCAUCUGAGGACGACAUGAGAAGUCUGAUGUUCUGCGAUUUCCUCAAUCCUGACGUGAUGGCUGAGGAUCGAUUGUAUCAAGAGGUUACUUCAGUAGAAGAUUUGUACAAAAUUGCAGAAUCAUACCUUGAAGAAUACAACCAGACGCACAAAACAGGAAUGAAUCUAGUUAUCUUCAGAUACGUUUUAGAGCAUCUGGUUCGUAUUAGUCGAGUGUUAAAGCAGCCCGGUGGUAAUGCAUUGCUGGUUGGUGUUGGGGGAAGUGGUAGACAGUCGCUUUCUAGGCUGGCUGCUGAUAUUGCUGGGUUUACAGUAUUUCAACCUGAAAUCUCCAAAAGCUACGGGAUGCCUGAAUGGAGAGAAGAUAUCAAGACUCUUCUAAAGAGUGCUGGUUGUCAGAUGAAACCCACAGUGUUCCUACUGACUGACACUCAAAUCAAAGAGGAAUCUUUCUUAGAAGAUAUUGAUAGCUUGCUAAAUACUGGAGAAGUGCCUAACUUGUUUGCUGUUGAUGAGAAAGCUGAGCUAAACGAGGCUGUUCGACCUGUUGCACAAUCUCAAGCAGAAGACAAAAAUGUGGAAUUUUCACCUUUGGCUCUUUUCAACUUCUUUGUGAACUGCUGUAAAGAGAAUCUUCAUAUAAUGCUGUGUAUGAGUCCUAUUGGCGAUGCAUUUCGUAACAGAUUACGUCAGUUUCCUGCCCUUAUCAACUGUUGUACUAUAGACUGGUUCCAGCCAUGGCCUGAAGAUGCCUUAGAGAUGGUCGCCAACAAAUUCCUCCAAGACACUCACCUCACAGAAAACGAACGAAAGGAAAUCGUACCAUUAUGCAAACACUUUCACACUAGUGCUCGACAUUUGUCAGAGAAAUAUUUAGAAGUGUUGGGUAGACAUAAUUAUGUCACUCCUACGUCAUAUUUGGAGCUGAUAUCGUCAUUCAAGACCCUCCUUGGAAAGAAACAGGACGAAGUGUUGAGAAAUAAACGUCGUUACGAAGUUGGCUUAGAAAAACUUGCUUUUGCAGCAUCUCAGGUUGCUGACAUGCAAAAAGAACUAGAGGAGCUUCAACCGCAGUUGGUGGAAACAGCUGCAGAAAACGACAAAAUGAUGGUGAUUAUUGAGAAAGAGUCUAAAGAAGUUGAAGCAACUAGUGAGAUCGUGCGUAAAGAUGAAGCCGCUGCCAACAUUAAAGCUGCAGAGGCUCAGGCUCUCAAAGAUGAAUGUGAAGGGGAAUUAGCAGAAGCUAUUCCGGCUCUAGAAGCUGCCCUUGCUGCCCUGAACACACURAAGCCUGCUGACAUCACUAUCGUGAAGUCGAUGACUAACCCUCCUGCCGGCGUAAAACUUGUCAUGUCAGCUGUAUGUGUCAUGAAGGAUAUCAAACCAGAUAAAGUUAAUGACCCAGCGGGUACUGGUAAGAAAAUUCUCGACUAUUGGGGCCCAUCCAAGAAACUACUGGGCGAUAUGACGUUCUUGACGAGUCUCAAGGAAUACGAUAAGGAUAAUAUACCUGUUCAUAUUAUGACUAAAAUACGAAAAGAGUACAUUCCCAACCCUGAUUUUGAUCCGAGUAAGGUCAAAACUGCGUCGUCUGCUGCAGAAGGUCUUUGCAAGUGGGUUAUYGCUCUAGAGAUYUACGAUCGCGUGGCUAAGGUGGUUGCUCCCAAGAAACUGCGUUUAGCUGAAGCAGAAGAAUCGUUAGCACAGACUAUGACAUUGUUAAAUGCCAAGCGACAGGAACUYGCCGAAGUUGAAGCAAAGUUGGCGAAUCUUAAAGCGCAAUUCCAAGAAACUACCGAAAAGAAAGAGCAGUUAGAAUUUCAGGUUGAUCUGUGCUCUAAGAAGCUCAUACGUGCYGAGAAGCUAAUUGGUGGUCUUGGUGGUGAGAAAGACCGUUGGUCACAAGCUGCCAGUUCACUACAAGAUAUCUACGAUAACUUGACGGGCGAUGUACUGAUAUCGUCUGGUGUAAUAGCUUAUCUUGGUGCUUUUACUGCAGGCUUUCGAAAGGAAUGUUGUAAGGAUUGGACAAAAAUAUGCAAGUCGAAGAACAUCCCUUGUUCAGACGAUUUCUCUUUGAGUAAGACGCUUGGUGAAGCUAUCAAGAUACGAGCCUGGAAUAUCGCUGGUCUUCCCACRGACGCCUUCUCCAUUGAUAAUGGUGUGAUCGUGGACAGUGCAAGRAGAUGGCCAUUGAUGAUCGAUCCUCAAGGCCAGGCGAAUAAGUGGAUAAAGAAUUCAGAGAAGGAUUCCCAGCUGUCGGUUAUCAAGCUAACAGAUAGCGAUUACAUCAGAACACUGGAAAACAGCAUACAGUUUGGCAAUCCAGUKUUACUUGAGAAUGUUGGUGAAGAGCUGGAUCCUUCCUUGGAACCUCUGUUGCUAAAGCAGACGUUCAAACAAGGUGGCGUCACCUGCAUUCGUCUUGGAGAAACUGUCAUUGAGUAUUCAAAUGAUUUCCGAUUCUAUAUCACCACCAAGCUUCGCAACCCUCAUUACCUGCCUGAACUAUCCACCAAGGUGACAUUACUUAACUUUAUGAUUACACCUGAAGGCUUGCAGGAUCAGUUACUGGGGAUUGUAGUCGCCAAAGAAAGACCUGAUUUAGAAGAAGAGCGACAGGCUUUGAUCGUGCAGAGCGCUGCCAACAAGAAACAACUUAAAGAAAUCGAAGACAAAAUCCUUGAAACUUUGUCGUCUUCAGAAGGGAACAUUCUUGAGGACGAGACAGCGAUAAAAAUUCUUGACUCAUCCAAGGUCCUUUCUGAUGAAAUCUCAAAGAAACAAAAGAUUGCAGACGAAACUGAAGUGAAGAUUAAUGAAUCUCGUCGAGGGUAUAACCCUAUUGCAGCUCAUGCCUCUGUAUUGUUCUUCUCGAUUACUGACCUUCCUAACAUUGACCCCAUGUACCAGUACUCAUUGACAUGGUUUGUUAAUCUAUUCCUUAAUUCCAUACACGAUAGCAACAAAUCAAAGAUCCUAGAGAGAAGACUACGCUAUCUGAGCGAUCACUUUACCUAUAACUUGUACUGUAACGUGUGUCGAUCUCUGUUCGAGAAAGACAAACUUCUCUUUUCGUUUGUACUUUGUUGCAACAUUCUCAACAACAAAUCAAAGAUCCUAGAGAGAAGACUACGCUAUCUGAGCGAUCACUUUACCUAUAACYUGUACUGUAACGUGUGUCGAUCUCUGUUCGAGAAAGACAAACUUCUCUUUUCGUUUGUACUUUGUUGCAACAUUCUCAAGUCUAAAUCAGAGCUAGACAUGGAUGAAUUCAUGUUCUUCUUGACAGGCGGGGUUGGACUCGAAAACAAGCUUGAGAACCCAGACUCCUCGUGGYUGUCGGACAGGUCGUGGGACGAGGUGUGCAGAAUGUGCGACCUUCCUGGCUUCAAGGAAUUCAGGAAAAGCUUUGCUAACAAUACUUAUGAGUGGCGUAAAAUCUACGACAGUAAAGAACCUCACAGAGCUCCUCUCCCUUCCCCGUGGGCUGAGCAGCUAACAGACUUCCAAAAAAUGAUUGUUAUCAGAUGCUUAAGACCUGACAAGGUGGUUCCUUUGGUAACAAACUUUGUAGAGGACAAGCUUGGAGUAAAGUUUGUCCAGCCACCUCCGUUUGACUUGGCAAAGAGUUAUGCAGAUUCCAAUGCUUGCGCACCAUUACUUUUUAUUCUUUCACCUGGUGCUGAUCCUAUGGCAGGUUUGAUGAAGUUUGCAGAUGAUAAGGGAUUCAGUGGCGAAAAGUUUAAYGCAAUAUCUCUUGGACAAGGACAGGGUCCUGUUGCUGCUAAGCUGAUCACGGAAGCCAUGCAGAAUGGAUCAUGGGUAGUACUACAGAACUGCCACUUAGCAGUGUCCUGGAUGACGUCACUGGAGAAAAUCUGUGAAGACCUUAGUCCAGAAAACACGCAUACAGACUUUAGACUCUGGCUGACAAGUUAUCCAUCUAAUAAGUUUCCUGUAACCGUUCUACAAAAUGGCGUUAAGAUGACAAACGAGCCUCCAACUGGACUUCGACAGAACUUACUACAGUCUUACUUGAACGACCCUAUUUCUGAUCCUGAAUUCUUCGUGGGAUGUGGAAAUAAAGGAGCGAUCUGGGAGAAACUGUUGUUUGGUUUAUGUUUCUUCCAUGCAUUGGUUCAAGAAAGAAGAAAGUUUGGUCCAUUGGGAUGGAAUAUACCAUAUGGCUUUAACGAGUCUGAUCUACGUAUUAGUGUUAGACAACUACAGAUGUUUAUCAACGAGUACGAGGAGAUUCCUUUCGAUGCUGUGACGUACUUGACCGGUGAAUGUAACUACGGUGGAAGAGUUACAGACGAUAAUGACAGACGCUGUUUGAUGAGCAUCCUUGCCGAUUUUUACAACCCUGAGAUUAUCCAGGAUCCUAAGUACAAGUUUUCGCACAGUGGUAAUUACUUUGCGCCACCCAAAUCCUCAUACGAAGAAUAUGUCGAGUUUAUCAAAGAAUUGCCCCAGACACAGUCUCCAGAAGUGUUUGGCAUGCAUGAUAAUGUUGAUAUAUCAAAGGAACUACAAGAGACGCGAAACCUGUUUGAUUCUGUGCUGAUGACACAAGCUCAAGGCGGUGGUGGUGGCGCUGGAAAGAAAACUGAGGAGACGUUGUUUGAAAUUGCAAAUGAUAUUCUAUCUAAGCUCCCUAUCAGCUUCAACCUAGAAGACGCAUUAGCAAAAUAUCCGGUCACUUACGAGGAGAGCAUGAAUACUGUUUUGGUGCAAGAGAUGGAGAGGUUUAACAAUUUGAUGAACAUUAUUCGCUCCAGUCUUCAAAACCUUCUGAAAGCUAUCAAAGGUCUUGUGGUUAUGAACUCUGAGCUUGAGGCAUUGGCUGGUAGUUUGCUUGUAGGAAAGGUCCCAGACAUGUGGAUGAAGAGAUCGUAUCCUAGCCUCAAGCCAUUGGGAAGUUACAUCAAUGAUUUCUUAGCAAGACUUAAGUUCCUCCAGGAGUGGUACGACAAAGGAAAACCUGUGGUGUUCUGGAUAUCAGGAUUUUUCUUCACACAGGCUUUCUUAACUGGAGCUAAGCAGAACUACGCCAGAAAAUACACCAUUCCUAUUGACCUGUUAGGGUUUCAAUUCGAUGUUAAAAGCAAAGAUACUGCUGACAAACCGCCCGUUGAUGGUGUUUACAUCCAUGGUCUGUUCCUUGAGGGUGCGAGAUGGGACAGAAAAAGGGGAGUAAUAGGCGAGUCUUUGCCUAAAAUCCUUCAUGAUGUCAUGCCAGUUAUUCACAUUAAGCCAGGGAAAAUUUCAGAGUUCGAGAGCAAGCCAUCUUACCGAUGUCCUGUAUAUAAGACAAGUGAAAGGCGAGGUACCCUGUCAACUACAGGGCAUUCCACAAACUACGUUAUGCCUAUAUAUCUACCUACAGACAAGUCUGAGAAUCACUGGAUCAAGCGAGGAGUAGCGUUACUGUGUGGAUUGGAUAACUAACAAAUUGGACUGUAUUUAUUACUGAUGUACAUUGUAUAAAACUAGUGUAUUUUUGUUUGCUUACAGAAUUGGUGCUUUUUAGAAUAAAGAAUAUCAAGUUAAUCA